AACGCCUCCAUGGUAACCAAUAACAAACCUCAGGGGAGUCCACGGGCGCUGAGCUUUAGGGAGAAGCAUAAUAAAGCCGUUUUUAAAUAUUUAUCAUGGCUUUACCAUUUCUGCCAGGAAAUUCUCCAAAUGUGCAACUUGGGAAGGAGAGGUUUCACAAAUCCCAACAUUUUGACUAUUCCAACGGAGUCGCGAUGCUCAUCAGUUCAGAGAAGCCAGGUAUUGGAGGAGAGCGUUUAGCUGGCCAGAAGAUUAAACCAAAAUAUUCUAUCUAUCCCAAAGGAGAGGGCAGCGAUUUACCAUCAUGGGUUGCCUUUGACAAACAGGCUCUGUGUUUUGAAGCAUACUUUCAGGAGGAUGUGCCCGAAGCCCAGACUGAGACAUACAGAAUCAGAAAGUGCAAGAUCUGCUUCUACCUGGAAGAUGAUACCAUUCAGGUGGUGGAGCCUGAGUACAAGAACAGUGGAAUCCCUCAAGGAACGCUUAUUCGUCGCCACCGCAUCCCACUGCCUCCCCCAAACGAUGACCAGUUCUACAACAUUUUCCAUUUCAACAUCAACCAACAGAUGGUGCUGUACUCUCGCACAUUCACCUUGACCAACUGUGACACGUUCACAAGGAACUUUCUCACAAAACUCGGAGUGGUUUUAAAUGACCCUGCCACUAUACCCAAGGACCCUUACAGCAACCUCAGAGAAGAGAUUGAGAAAAGUAUGAAGCCAUUUAGGCCCUACGAGAGAUGUGACACACUCAAGCAGUUCCUGGAUAAUGAUCGCCAAGUCUUGCGCUUCAACUGCUUCUGGGAUGACACCGAGAGCCUUUUUGGGGACCCACGGGAGCUAAUAAUGCACUACUUCCUGGCUGAUGACACCAUCGAGAUCCACGAGUUGAUACCCCCAAAUUCGGGGAGAGAUAUUGUGCACAAAUUCCUACGCCGCAGCAAACUACCUAAGCAUACUACACCCCAGGCCAAGCAGCCUGGACAGAUCACUGACCGCACAGUGCUCAAUGUGUUUUUCUCCAAGAGUCAAGGAGAACGCUACAUCCUGGACAACCUCAAAACUGGAGUUGUAAAUGACGAAUUCUAUAAAGACUCUGAUCUAACUGUGGGUGGAGAAGUGAAUGUGUGGGGCAGGAGAGUGAUCAUCACUGACUGUGAUGACUUCACCAAAAACUACUACCGUUCCAAAUAUGGCAUAGAGGAUUUUAACCCAGUGCAAUACAAAGCUCCCCCGGCUCCCAAGCCCCCAAGGCCUGUGCCCCCCUACAAUGGCUUUGGCUCAGAGGAGGACUCGUUAAGCUCCUGCCAGAGCCUUUUGCCCAAGCCUCCGCAGAAAGAUUUCCGCAAAUUUAUGGAGAAAGACAGAUGUGGCCUAGAGAGUAAUGUGCUGAAUUUUCGAGCCAAGAUGAUGACCAGUGACGCAGCCGACAGAGAGCGGGUGUUCAUCAUCUCCUUCUACCUCUGUGAUGACUCCAUCAGUGUGUUUGAACGACCGCAGAGGAACUCAGGUAUGCUUGGUGGUAAGUUUCUGGAGCGUGGCCGUGUGAAGAAACCAGGCCAGGAGCUGUAUAAGAGCAAACCGUCUGAGUACUUUACAGCUCAGGAUCUGUAUGUUGGAGCUACUGUCUUCCUCAACAGUGCAAACUUCCAGCUUGUAGAUGCUGAUGAAUACACCUUCAAUUACAUGGAGCAACAUGCCGAGGAGUUUCCCAAAGCCAACAUGGGCAACAUCCUCAGCAAACUGCGUUCCUUUCCGGAGGAGAAGCAGAGUGAGAUCAGAAAAUUUCUGACUUUGAGUGAUCCCAGGAACACUGGCUUCAUCCCAUAUGAGUCCUUCAGGGGCCUCCUGAUGGGUCUGGACUGCGACCUGUCUGAGCACGAGGUGCUGGUGCUUGGACGACAUUUCUCAGAGCGCGUGGUGCCCAAGGUAGAUGUGGGCCUGAUGCUGGCCGUUGCCCAGGAUUUCCUCAGGAAGAAAAACUUUGAGGAGCUCCCCAACAUGGCCAGAGCCUUCGCACACCACGACCGACACAAAACUGGCCGUCUCUCUACCAAAGAGACAAACACCAUUUGUAAAGCCUUUCACCUUCCCCUGCCGAAGAACCUGCUUGAAGGUCUGCUCAGCAAGUUUGCAGAUGGAGACGAGAUCAACUACCACGCCUUCCUUGCUGGUAUUAACUGGCUGGAACAUCCUGCUCCACCAGUGAUGCCUGAAGACAUCUUAAAGUUUGAUGUGAAUGCAAGGUUUGACACCUGUGGAGCUGCAGUGAAAAAUGUCAACUACUCUGCCGUCCUGCAGGAAGUCUUCAGCUUCCCCUCCAACAACGCUGACCCAACAACCACCACCUCCACAUAGACACAGAGCCGGAGCUGAAAACUACUCUGAAUCACAAACAAUGGUUUCAUCGAUUAAAGAGCAUGAUUCAUCAGCC